UAUUUUAACAGGGAGAUGAAGACCUCAUCUUCCAUCCUCAAAGAUCCAGUUUCAAUGGCUUCCAGUUCUUCCUCUAGUAUUAUGGCCUCUCCUGCUCCUAAUGCUAAUAGCUAUGAUGUUUUUUUAAGCUUUAGAGGUGAAGAUACUCGACAUUCCUUUACAGAUCAUCUUUAUAAGGAACUAACGCAAGCUGGAAUCAGUACUUUUAGGGAUAAUGAAGAUAUCAACAGAGGUGAAGAACUGAAACCAGAGAUCGAGAAAGCAAUUAAAGAAUCUAGGGCUUCAAUAGUUGUAUUGUCACAAAGCUAUGCUACUUCCAGUUGGUGUCUUGAUGAGCUUAUGCUGAUCCUGGAACAAAGGAAGGAGUGCAAUCAACUCGUUUUACCUGUUUUUUAUCACGUUGAUCCUUCUGAUGUGGGGAAACACAAUAAAACCUUUGCUAUCCAAGUCAAAGACUCUUCAAGGUGGACAGAGUACAACGUUAACUUGUGGAAGAAAGCUCUUGAGGAGGUUGCUCUUUUGGCUGGCUUGAUUCUGUCCGGGCCUGAAACAGAGUUUCUGAAGAAAAUUGUUGAUACCAUUUACAAUAAACUGGAUUAUAAAAAAUUUCAUCUUCCAGUCAAUCUAACAGGGAUGGCCACUCGAUACAAGGAUAUCAAAUCCUUUAUAAAUGAACCUAAUGUCAACUUUUUAGCAAUUUGUGGAAUGGGUGGAAGUGGUAAGACAACAUUGGCCAAGUAUAUUUACAAUUCAAGUUGGAGAUCUUUUGACAACAUGAGUUUUCUUGAAGAGAUUAGUGACAGAUGUAAAAGAUAUGAUGAUUUGCUUCAGCUACAGGAACAACUUCUGAAUGAUAUUCUAGGAGGCAAGAAUAGAAGAAUACCCAGUGUUUCUCAAGUCACAUGUAGGAUUGAGGAGGCCUUACAAACAAAAAGAGUGUUUAUUGUUCUUGAUGACAUUACUGAUCAUAGGCAGUUGGUCACUUUACUUGGAACUGGGAAGAUUAAUGCACAAAGUAAGAUUAUAAUAACAUCCCGGGUUCUAAUCACAGACCAAUGGUUUGAGUCCAGAUCUUGGAGGUGUCAAAAGUACACAAUCAGAUUAUUGAAUGAUGAUGAAUCACUUUCUCUUUUAUGUGAUCAUGCCCUAAUAUCCAAAUUUCCCACAGAAGGUUUCAAGAAGCUUGCACUACAGGCAUUACAUUAUUGUGAAGGGAAUCCACUGGCUCUUGCAAUGCUGGGUCGAUUGCUAGCAGAGGAAAAUAGCAUCCCAUUUUGGGAAAGUACAUUGAGGUCAUUGGAAAAAGAGAUUGUUUCUGGAAUUCAAUGUAUACUCCUUAGGAGCUACGAGUUGUUGCCACAUGAGUCUAACAGACAGUUGUUUUUGCAUAUUGCUUGUUUCUUUAUUGGAAAAGACAAGGAUUAUGUGGAAAAAAUAUUGGAGCCCGAUUACUAUGCGAUAUCUGGGAUCAAAAUCCUAUCCAACAGAUUCCUUCUUUCUGUUUCGCCAAACAAUAAACUGAUGAUGCAUAGCUUGCUUCAGGAGAUGGGAAAAGACAUAGUUCGUCAAGAAGCAUUGAAAUUCCCUGCAAAACGUAGUAGAGUCUGGCUUAAUAGUGACUCUUAUAAGAUAUUGACCAAAGGAGAGGGUUCAGAAACAUUGGAAGGUCUAGCACUUGACUUGGAAAUGUUAAGGACAGAGGUUCCAGUCAAGUCAUUAGACCUCAAGACAGAUGCACUUAACAAGAUGGAUAAAUUAAAAUUGCUCCACUUAAAUUUUGUGUAUCUUGAUGGGUCCUACCAGAAUGUUUCAGAAGAUUUAAGAUGGCUCUGCUGGUUUGGCUUCCAUCUAAAAACUAUACCCUCUGACUUAUCCAUGGGAAAAUUGGUGGCUAUAGAUAUGAGCUAUAGCAACUUGGAAGUAUUUGAACUUCCCAUGGUUCUUCAAUCAUUGAAGAUUCUAAAUCUUAAAGAUUCAUACAAUCUAUUCGAAAUCCGCAAGUUAUCGAGGAUUCCUCAUCUUGAGACUUUGAUUCUUUGGAGCUGUCACAGAUUGGUUUAUAUUUGUGAAACAAUUGGAGAAUUAAAGAAUCUUUCAGUGUUGAACAUGACAGGGUGUAAAAGCCUGUUCAUGAUGGAGCAUACAAAUCUGUUAGUUGGGUUAGAAGCUUUUGCUUUUAGUAGAGGAGUUGAAAAACAGCCUACCUUUUCCUUCCCACAUUCAAUACGACAGCUGUUCCUCAAGGACUGCAAUCUUGAGUGUACUGAUUCUUUUCCUCUGAGCUUCAGUGUGCAACUAUCUUUGGAGUACUUGAAUUUAUGCAAUAGUCUAUUUGAGUUCCUGCCUUGUUACAAUCAUCUUAGAAAUCUUCGGGUCCUUGACUUGAGUUUUUGCACGAGACUUAAAUGGCUUCUAUGUCUGCCAAGUACACUUGCUGAAUUGUAUGUAUAUUACUGUACAUUACUGGAGAGAAUAACUUUUGAAUCACCUAGAUUCACAUUGCAAGAGUUUGGCUAUGAAGGCUGUAUAAGUUUGUGUGAAAUCGAAGGCUUUAUCAAAUUGGUGCCUGUAGCCAAACUUGAAGAAAAUGAUUUGGGACACAUGAAGUGGCUGAAAGAAUAUCAAAAUCAUGAGGUGUGCCUUAUUGGUGAUGAUGAGCUCACCAAAGGCAGAAGUUCAUGUAUCCAGAUGUUGUAUGAAUUUGAUAUAAUGAGCACAUCUCUGCCAGACAUAAAGGAUCCAAACAUGAAGCCCACGUAUGUAUCAGAAUUCUCGUCUUUGUAUUUUAACGUGCCUUCAGAUCCUGAGAACAGGAAGAUCAAAGGACUUGAUGUAACUUUCAGAUAUAAAAUAUUAAGUGAUGAUUGUGCAUGGUUCUGUAAAAUCAGUUCAACCAAUGGUGUUGAUUUCAUGUACAACCCCAAAGUUUUUGGUAAACCUGAUUCUGAUGAAGUUGGUAUAUGGUUAAGCUAUUGGCCAAUUGGAAACAAUUUAAAUGUUGGAGAUAUAGUAAAUGUCUCAAUUGUUGUAAAGAGUGGAUUAGAGGUACAUGGAUGUGGUGUAAGCCUUGUUUACACUGAUGAUAAAGUAGCUGAGGAAAUAUUGGAAAAUAACAAGGGAUGGGUGGAAAUUCUUGGAGGAAAUUUAUCUGGAUUUCAACUCAGCACAGGAUCAUAUUAUCUUUGUCGCCGUGAUUUCUUUGAGUUAAUGGAGGUGGACAGACUCACUCCUGAUUGGUUUAGAAAUUUAGUUGGUGAUACUAUUCACUUUAUAGAGGUACAAGGAUGGAGAAAAACAGGCCGACCUAAGCAGUUGAAUCAAUCAUUUACAGAGUUGAAAACUGUUAGAUGCAUCAUCCAUGGUCCUGAAUUGGAGGAAAUUUACAAGAUCCCAGAGAUGUCAAAAUCAUCUUUUGUAGAUAGAACUUUGGAGUUUCCAUCAAGCAUGCUUGGGAAGACGAUGAAAUCUACAAGAUCGUUCAAUUCUAGUGACACAACAAUAAAGGAAAUUGUGUUGGGAGUCAACUUACGCAGUCAAACUCAAAAACAGGAGGUGAUAGAGGCGUUAUCUCAGCUUCAGGGCAUUCACUCAAUUCAUGUCGAUACAGAAGAUGGGAGACUAACUGUUAUUGGGGAUCUUGAUCCUGUGAAUGUUGUUAAUUGUGUGAGUAAGAUUGAGACUGCAAAAGUCAUAAGUGUUGGACCUGCAAAGAAACAUAACUCAGACGUUGGAACUGCAUUCACAUCAGCAAAAAAACGACGAAGUUCCACAAGUUCUACCAGCUAUAUAUUUGGCUCAAGAUCAACGGUUACUGAUCAGGACAGACUGUCAUAACAUAACCCUUAUCAGAAAAAAGAAAAUUAAGAAAUAUACACAUAAUUCAAUAUUAUAUAGGUAUAUGAACCGUGGAAAUUAAAAAAUGUAAACAGAAUUCUAUAUUAUAAGCUAGGUAUCAGAUGUUUAUGUUGAUAUACGUUCUCAAUUCGACAGGAAACCCAUAAAGCAAGGAGUUCACAAUUUCAAAGUCGAAUUUUAAUAAAAAUGUUUUUUUUUCUUUGGUUUUA